AUGAGUGAGACUGGAUCAACCGCUAGUUCUAGUUCCAAAUAUAGGGAAAGGACAAGUAGGAUCUUGGAGAAAGCUUAUGAAUCAGCCAAUUCACUUGCUAGAGAACAUCAAGGACAGAAUAGGGGGUUAGCAGCAGGAACCGCGGCUGCUUUUAUAAGUCUAGGCAUUGAUAAAUUGAAUAAAGGAGAUUCAAGUUUUGAGUACACUGAAGCAGAAUUGGCUGCUAUACAAGAUAUGGCAGGAUCUGCUGCAGAAGAGGAAAGUAAGAAAUCAGGUAAUCAUUUCAUGGAUCGAUUGCUUGAUAAAAUGGUGAAACAUACUAUAACAGAAGGAGAACCUGAUGCUGAAUUGAUUGAAAAAAGAAUCAAUGAUAAAGAUAGGAAGAAUUCUCCGAGUCUUUCAAUAAGGAUCUUGAUUUCCAACUUCAAGAAAUUAAGUUCAAAGAUGACAGCAUUCUUUGCCCUUCAAUAUGGGUUGGUUCAUAUCAUCACAUGGAAAAAACCUACCAAGACAUUAUGUUUCUUAUUCUUUUAUACAUCCAUAUGCUUAUGGCCUCAUUUAGUGUUAGCAUAUCCUUUGUUAUUCCUUAUGUUUGGUGUGCUUAUUCCGGGAUACGUCUAUCGUCAUCCUAUGCAAACUCCAGAAUUACUUAAAGUCAAGAAAAGGGGUCAAUCGAUUUGGGAUUUUUUGACUGAUGAUUCCAGCUCAAGUAUAUUGGAUGAUUUCAUUAGUGAUGGCUUCAUGGAAAGGAUGGAAGAAAACAACAAUGUAUUAAAACCAGUAAGUUCUAGAUCAUCAGAUUCAUCGACAUUUGUUGCUAGUAAUGGUCAGAAUUCAACUUCUGGUUCAAUAAAUACCCCAGAAGAACUUCAAGCUCAUAAAGAAAAGAAAGAGAGAGGUAAAAAAAUCCAAAGACAAAUGAAUCUUUUAAUGAAUAUGAGAGACCUUCAAAAUUUAACUACAGAAGCUUUAAAAGGAAUGGAUAAAGCUGAAAUAUUUUGGUAUGAUACCGCAGGAUUUAAAGAUGAAAAAUUAUCUACCUUGAUUUUCUAUGGAGUUAUGGUAGCUACUUCAAUUAUAAUAUUCUUAGGUCAGUUUAUUCCUUGGAGAUUCAUAUUCAUUCAAUCAGGAUGGUCAAUUAUACUUCUUUGUCACCCUAACAGUAAGAAAUAUCUUGUAUCAUUACAAAAGAAGAAACCUCCUAAAUUACCCCCUAGACCUAAAGAACCUAUAACAGAAAAGCCCCAAACUCCUAAGAUAGACAAAGAACAGUCGUUGUUUGAAAGACACGAUAUUAUCGUCGAUGACGUUCCAGAAAUUCGAGUAGUGGAAAUUUAUGAAUUACAAUACAGAUCACCAACCCAUAGUAAUUAUGAACCUUUCAAUUAUACUCCUAAAUUGUUUAACGUUAAAGAUCAUUUAAGAAUGAGUGGUAAAACACCCACCGGGGUUGAUCAUCUUUCGAAAGUUCAUCCACCCAAAGAUUGGAAAUUUGAAAUGACUUAUAUCAAUACUUGGACUAUCGAUAAAUCUCCCAAAGAUUUCUUAACUGAAAGAUCUUUAUUGAAUCCUGCGAUCUAUCACAUAAAAGAAGAUGAAACCGAAGGAUGGAUUUAUGACAAUCCUAAAGAUAUCCCUGAUCUGGAUUAUGUUUUCAGAAGACGUAGACUCUAUAGGGAAUGUUAUAGAUAUGGCAGGGAACCUGCUAGACCAGAUUUAUGA